GGUUCGCGAGUUGAUUUCUUAACUCUGUUCAUCACCGACGUCUGCGAAAGCAUCAGGUGGGUUGGGUAGACAGGGACAAGCUUGUUUCUUCAGUAUUUUCAGCCAGUUAGCAUUUAACCUCUAGACUAACGAAUAGCGCGAAAUAUUUUCAAGCUUUCAGUUGAAAUCCUUAAUUGUGUUCAGUGGUGAGCGUACGUUAAACUUCAGGAUGACUAUACCAGAUCCUCUGAGGCUUGCCGAUCUUGAUUACGAGACAACACAGAAUGAAAGAAAUACCAACGAUGCCACAGAAGCCACGCAAAUUCAAGAAUUUUAUAAAGAUACGAAUAUUUUCGUGACGGGUGCCACGGGAUUCUUAGGAAAUAUCUUGCUAGAAAAAUUAUUAAGAUCUUGCCAUAACUUAUCGACCAUCUAUAUUCUUGUUAGAAGUAAAAAAGGAAAAACUGUUAAUACCAGAAUCGAAGAGAUUUUCGAUGAUGUACUUUUUGAUAGAAUGAAGAAAAUUAACCCGAAGUUUCAACAUAAGAUUGUUGGAAUAGCUGGGGAUUGUUCGUUGCCUGAUUUGGGACUCUCUUCGCAAGAUAGGAAAACAUUGAUAGAAGAGACCCAUAUAGUGUUUCAUGUUGCAGCUACCGUUCGUUUCGACGAGAAAUUAAAAACGGCGGUAGAUAUUAACGUUAGAGCUACAGAGUAUAUGUUAAAUCUAGCUCGUAGUAUGCCUAAACUCAAAUCUUUCAUACACGUAUCUACCGCUUAUGCAAAUUGUACAGGAGAUGUGAUCGAAGAAAAGAUUUAUCCUCCAGCUAUGGACCACAAGAAAUUAAUUACAAUGUCCGAUAUAUUAUCAGAAAAAUUAUUGGAUACUUUAACACCAACGAUUUUAGAUAAAUAUCCUAAUACUUAUGCUUUCACUAAACAAAUCGCAGAAGACGUUGUAAAAACACAUGGUGAAAAUCUUCCCGUUGGAAUAACAAGGCCUUCUGUAGUGAUUUCAACUUACAAGGAACCAGUAAAAGCUUGGAUAAAUAAUAUGUAUGGAUGUACUGGUAUGGUAGCUGGAGCCGGAUUGGGUUUAAUACGAACAAUGUAUUGUGAUGGAAAUGUGAAUGCGAAUGUUGUACCAGUAGAUAUGUGUGUAAACUCCAUGAUAACAGCUGCUUGGGACGUCAGCGAGAAGUUUAUCGAAGCUAAGACUCAAAAUAAGGAAUAUGAAAUACCUGUUUAUAAUUUUGAAAGUAGUAAUGAAUGUGCUAUAACUUGGAACGAAUUCAUGGGAACCAAUUUAAAAUAUGGCGUAAACGUACCGUCUUCCAGAGCUAUAUGGUAUUUCUGUUUUAGUUUGCAAUCAAAUUACUUCUUGUACCUUCUAUUUAGGUUCUUUUUACAUACAGUUCCCGCGUACAUUGUAGAUGGAGCUCUGUUGUGCAUGGGUCAAAAACCCAAAAUGUACAAUGUAUAUAGAAAGAUACAUAAAUUUUCUGGAGUUCUUUCCUAUUUUACAAAGAAAACUUGGAUUUUCAAGUCGAACAACGUUCAGAGAGUUUGUAAAAAGUUGAGUAAAAGAGACAACGAGAUAUUCUUCUGCGAUUUAAGUCAAAUAAAUUGGGACGAAUAUUCUAAACAUUUUAUUAGAGGUAUCAGAAUAUAUUUGGUGAAUGAUCCUAUGGAAACUUUACCUCAAGCUAUUGUCAGAUGGAAAAGGUUAUAUUGGGCUCAUCAAAUUGUAAAAACUGUUUGUGCAUUAUUAUUCUUGAGCUUUUUGUGGAUAGUAGUAAAUAGUAUUUUGAAUUUUUCGUUUUAAUUAAGUAAAUUGGAAAUAAUUGGAGAUAAAAUCGUAAUUUAUAUAAAAAGGUAGCUAUUAUUUAAUAUAAGGAAAUUAAUUGUAUAAUGUUAGAAAAAAGUGAUAAAUAAUAUAUAAAUUGUAUAGCA